CCGGACUUUGUCACCGGUCCGACUGCCGCCUCUCCCCGCCUUCACACCUGCGCCGCACUGCCUCGCCGACGAAUCCGAUCGCCUGCGCCACUAAAUUUCGCGCGCGUGGAUCUUACACGCGCCCCGGCGCUAAUUAUUGCGCAUCAAACCUCGACGCGCCGACGGGUCCGCAACCGCUAAACAACACCGUCUGGGUCUUGGCUGACAUCGACAUUGUCCGGCAACCCGCACGCUGUCUUCACCGUUGGAUUCCCUUCCCACCAUCACUCUUGCUACUGAUCUGCUCCUCUCUCGACCAUGCUUUCACGAUGGUCUUUUUCACCAGGCGCGUGUCAUGGAGUUCGUGCUGGCAUCCUCCUCCCGGAGUGGUGCAGCAGCGCUGCUAUCGUCUUCCGGCACUCUGCAACUCCGAGCGAACGUCUUUCUCAGGACACGCGACAUUUCGCACCGUGUCAGCAAUGAUCCCAGACUUUUGGUAGGCACCAUGAAGUCUGAUGUUUAUGCGCUGGAGAACGUGCGUGGUCUUUGCGAGGUUCGACAUCGCGAUCUGCUCGGCGACGCGCCUGAAGUCAGCGCUUGGAAGAAGAAGGACGAUCACUUCUACUUUCACCAAAUCUACGACGGCUACAUCCACCGCUUCUACGACGUCAUACCCACCGAGAAGAUAAAAAAUGCUCCUCCAGCUGUGCUCAACCUGCUACGGUCACGGUACUCGUUCAUUGUUGCCGAGGUCGGAAUGACACCAGACCUUUGCGACGCCCUCCGAGGAUGCGCCGUCUGCCACCGGUGGGCUUCUAGCCCCGAGAGCGUUCGCUGUGACACUUGCAAGAAGUUCUUUCACAUGCGCUGUUUGACACCACCACUAGCAAGCAAACCUGCAAAAGGCUACAGCUGGACAUGUGCACCAUGCUCAAAGAGGCACGAGCAGGAUGUGGAGUCUACCAUCAGCGGCGGUCUCUCCGCUUCCGCCCUAGCAGCGGGAACGUCCAGCCUGUCUCGUCUCCCAGGCACGCAAGGCGCCAUACGCGGCGUUCCAGCGGGCAACGGAGUUAAAGCUCGUGGACCCGGUCGAGGCCGAGCUAGCGGCAUUGGCACUCCGACGGACCCAUCUCCGGACUCGAGUCCCGCGCCUGUCGCGCGCACCAUUGACGACAUUCGCGGAACGCGAUGCUUCAACCGAUGGCCUUAUCGAUAUUUUGGUCAGCACACGGAAGCAAAAGAUGUGCUGGAUCCUCAUGACUCAAUCUAUCCUCGAGCAGCGACACGACUGGGACCCAAGUAUCAGGCUGCGCCUCCUAGCUGGAAAGAGCAACUGGAGCUCGGACUCGGUGUUCAAGGGCGCACAUCGGACGACGCCGAGGGAGGCGGGGCAGGUAACGGUCUAUCAAUCGAAGACGGUGUCCCUCCUCCCAAGAAGAAGGGUGGUAGACCGCCGAAACGCAAGAGGCCUGAAGCGGAACGCUCAGAUACACCACAGGCACAACUCACUCCGACCUUGAGCAUGGUCAAGCUACCCGCAGACACUCCCGCGAGGGACUUUGAGAGAGGCACAGACGAGAGUGUGGAGGUGAUAUGGCAGCCUCAGCUCAAGCCUGGCAGAAUAGUGGAUGCGUUCUUCAUAGGUGCGAGACAGCUCUUUGCUCACAUUCCUGCCCACGACGUCGACUUCAUGGACAGAGCGCUGCAAGUGCUUGCGUCUCGGGCGGGCAACCCUGCUCUGGGCUUGCAAGCCCUGUCUGCCAGUACGCCCGAAGAUUUUCGACAAGUGCAUUGGUCGCAGAAGGAGACUCGCCAAUUUGACCAGGUCAUGAAAGACUACAACGCUGACAUGCGACAACUCAAGAAGGCUGUACCUACCAAGACGUACGGAGAGAUUGUGCGACAGUUCUAUAGCUGGAAGUGCAAGCGACUGCGAGAAGUGCUGGACAAGGAGGCGCAAGAAGAAGCAGAGCUGGCAAGCAAGACUGGCAAGGUGGUGAGGAAGAGCGGUGCUCAGUCCUUGGCGCCUGCGCCCACGCCGCCUUCCACGCGCGCUGUAUCGCCGUCCCUUUCAGUGUUUGGGGACGCGUCCAUUUCCAACCCGACGUGCUACAUGUGCUCCACUCAUCAAUCGCAAGUAUGGUACAAGGGCCCGUACAGCUGGCCGAAUCGGUACUUGUGCACCCACUGCGGUCUCUAUUGGCGCAAGUACGCUGCCGAGAGCACUUCUACCCAGGAGCUCGUCGCCAUCAACACCCGGCAAAAGGCAGCAGCGCUGAAUGCAGCGGGUGAGGAAGAGCUUGGCGUGCAGCCGCCUGCCAAGUCUGCAAAGAUGAGCAAGACCGCUUCUGCUCGUGCCGCCGCUGCAAGGACGACCCCGCCGACGCGCGCUGCUCCAGUAGCUCCGCCGCCACCUCCUCCGAAACCGGAUCCCAUCAAAUGCGUCAUGUGCGAGAAGAUGGAGCCCAAAAAGACGCUGCAGCAAUGCAGGCAGUGUACUCUGAGCGUCCACAAAGGCUGCUUUGGUCUCACCGAUGAGGAAGUGGCUGCCGAAUGGUGGCAAUGCGAAGCUUGCUCUAACGAGAAGGCUCUCGACGCUGCGCUCACACCUGGCUGUGUACUUUGUCCGUCGUUGCCUCGCGCCAAGUCGUUUGGGGCGACUGAUGCGGCAGGUCAAGGUGACAAGGCGCUCUCGAGAGCACGCAAAGGUGGAGUGGACGCGAAUGGCACAGACGAGAGCGCGACGCGUACACCCACCGUUCUCGAUGCUGUCAAGCCGACGGAAGGGAACAACUGGGUUCACCUCAUUUGCGCUGCCUUCAUACCCGAAAUCGUCUUUACCGACCCGGCACGCUUACGUCUCGUCGAAGGCGUUGGCAAUUUACAAUGGUGGCGAUACAACAGCGAAUGCGACCUCUGCAAGACGCGCUUUGGAGCGUGCGUCAGCUGUGCCGAACCUAGCUGCCGAAAGACGAUGCAUGUCUCCUGCGCAUGGACUGCUCAGCCGUCAGUUUGCAUGCUCUUUGAUUUCACUGCUGUCAAAGUCUCUCGCAAGGACAUUGUGCCCACUGCGAGCUUCAAGGGGGAAAGCGGUCACAUCAAUGCCAUGCUUUGGUGCAAGGAGCACAAGCACAUCGGUGAGAGCAAGAAGCCCACAACGCAUCAACUUACCGACAUCGACCCCGAGACUGGCAAGACACUGCUACAAAUCUAUGCAGAAACGCACAAGCACACUGCUUCGCCUGGCAUACCUCGCGAAGUGGUUGCUGCAGCGGAUCAAGCGUAUGCUCUACUACGCCGAGCCAGAAGGUAUGACUUGAUGCUCAGCAAGACCAACACCACCAGUGUCGUCCAUGGCCCGCCACUCGCGAGCGAGAUGGCGCGCAUAGAUGAAGAGCAUGCUGUCCAGGCUUACCGACCCGAUCCAGAGCUUCUGCCAGCACUGACACGCGCUCCUGCCAAGAAUCACAAGAUUCCAGCCGGAGGCGCGGAAAACGUCGUCGCAAAAAGAGCUACUACUGCCCCUGCUCCGAUUGGAUACUCGGGUCGUCAAGCCACUCCCGCGUCGUCAGGAGCGCCACCUUCGCUGUUUGGAAUGAAGCCCAAAAGGCUAUGCGCAAAGUGCUCUGCACAUUCUUCGCCUUUCUGGUGGCCAGCCCCACCGUCCGGUCCGACGAAGCUCGAUCGAUCGGACGCUGUCGGAGAAGCCAAGGACCAGGCUGGCGCGUCGAGUGGUCAAACGAUGAAGCCAGAAAAGAGGUCUCCUUCGAUUGCGCUUGCUGAGAGGCAAGAUGUGGACUCGCCCAUGCGCAGCGUGAGCGAGGGCGCUUUCGAAGAAGAAGAUCAGCAAGCGUCGAUCAAGGCGUCUCCUGUGCCGCCAACACCAUCGAGCACUACGAAUGAUAGCAGCUUGCCUGCCUACCUCUGCAAUGUGUGCGCACAUGAAAACGGCAUGGUGGACGAUGCGCUCGAAUGAUGAGCCCGCGACGCUCGCUUCAGCCCAACACGUCGACGCUUCGCCAAUCUUUUUCCCCUUUUUAUCUGACAGCAAUCGUGCGCCAACACACAUCCCCC